AUGAAGCAGUGCAACUUGAACCUUGAAGAAGAGGGGGUCAAGAGGAAAUUGCAGCUACAAGAAUUGGAAGAAAUUAGAAAUGAGGCACACGAGAAUGCCACAAUUUACAAGGACAAGAGCAAAAUCUUCCAUGAUCAGCAAGUCUCAAGAAAAGCGUUUGUAGUGGGGGAAAAAGUCAUCUUGUAUCAUUCGAGACUUAAACUCUUUCCCGUGGAGAUCCAGAAUUUAAAGAUGGAAAAAAAGUUCGUGGUGAAUGGCCAUCGUCUCAAGCCUUAUUAUGAAGGAUUCUCUGUUAAGAAAGUUGAAGUCAUACACCUCAAGGAUCUGAUUUAUCUUGUUUGA